GCCUGAACCGUCCGGGUCCCUCCCUCUCCACCGCCCGGGUACAUCGGUCUCUCAGUGCCAGGGCUCAGCGCCUCCGGGCCGAUCCUCGCCGCCCGCACCUGCCCCGGGUGCGGGGCGCAGCCGCGACAGAGCGGCCCCCGCCUCUGUCACCCGCUGCGCUAGCGGUGGACCUGAGGCUCACCGCGCUCCGGGUGGACCUCCCAAUCCACGCGCUCGGUCCCUGGCACUUCAGACUCGAAUCCCCGCCGCGAUCGCUGCCGCUUCGGGGAUCUGCAGCCCCAGCGCCAUGGAGCCGGCCGCCUGCAGCGAGCGCCGCAACCCGGCUGGCCCGGCGGUCCCGCUGCCGCUGCCGCCGCCCCGGGGCCACGCGUCCCUGAGUACCGCGGCCACCGCCCCCAGCCCGGCCCAGCUGAGCUCCUCGCUGCAGCCGGACGAGGAGCAGCAGCCGCGGAUCAGCGAGAGCGGCCAGUUCAGCGACGGGCUGGAAGAUCGAGGCUUACUAGAAAGCAGCACCCGGCUGAAACCUCAUGAAGCCCAGAACUACAGAAAGAAGGCAUUGUGGGUGUCCUGGUUCUCCAUUAUUGUCACCCUGGCCCUCGCGGUGGCAGCCUUCACUGUCUCCGUCAUGAGGUACAGCGCCUCUGCCUUUGGUUUUGCAUUUGAUGCCAUCCUGGAUGUGCUGUCCUCUGCCAUUGUCCUCUGGCGCUACAGCAAUGCAGCUGCUGUGCAUUCUGCCCACAGAGAGUACAUAGCCUGUGUAAUCUUGGGGGUGAUAUUCCUUCUGUCAUCUGUAUGCAUAGUGGUCAAAGCCAUCCAUGACCUUUCAACGAAGCUGCUUCCGGAAGUGGAUGAUUUCCUGUUCAGUGUCUCCAUUUUAAGUGGGAUCCUUUGCAGCGUCCUGGCUGUAUUGAAAUUUAUGCUGGGAAAGGUCCUGACAAGCAGAGCACUCAUUACAGAUGGGUUUAACUCCCUCGUUGGGGGUGUGAUGGGCUUCUCCAUCCUUCUGAGUGCAGAAGUGUUCAAACACAAUGCGGCAGUCUGGUACCUGGAUGGCAGCAUCGGUGUCCUGAUCGGCCUCACCAUCUUUGCCUACGGGGUCAAGCUCCUCAUCGACAUGGUGCCCAGAGUGAGACAGACGCGUCACUACGAGAUGUUUGAGUGAAGGCAGCUAGAGGGACAGCAUGGGCUGCCCUGGGUGAAGACCAUCACAGUGGCGAGAAGUUUCCAUACAGGCAGACAGUGCCAAUAUUUAACUGCACAUCCAGUUUCAUUUUGGGAAGUUUUCUUUCAUAGUCUGUCAUCAAGGGAUGGGGUCUGUCCAGUGAGUAGACCUGUCCUACAUCCUCACUUGGUUGCCCCCCAUCAAACAUGUUAGGAUGAUCCACCCAUGGGAAGAGACAUGCUUUGCCAUCUUGAGCUGGAAGUGACAUUUUCUAUUUCCUGGAGUCAAACAGUUCUUGAAGGUAGGCUAGAGUCUCUGCUUUUCAGGAAGCACCCUGUGGUGCUGUCAGCCAAAACUAGAUAAUAACUGAUGGGCCCCACUUCCUCCCAACUCUCCACAUUUGGCCAAGCCACCUCCAGCUCCAAAGUCUCUGAUCAGAUUCCAUCAGUAAGUCACUCCCUAAUUUCUAUCAACCUGUUUCAUUAGUUUCAUAGACUUUUUACUAAUCCUAACUCUAAACAGAUGUGUUCAAAGGGAGACCAUUCUAUUUUCUAAAGUGUUUAGUGACACAUGAGCUUUGCAUGGAUGAGCUAUGUAAGCACACAGCCCUUUGUCCCCUGUUCAGAAUCUGCCCAUCCAUGAAAACCCAGGAACCAUUUUUGAGACAUGUGAAACUUAAGUUUAUUUGUAAUAAAUAAUUAUAUAUCAUCUAUCUGUAUUUGCAUAUAUCUAUAUGCUGUGCUAAGUGGUCAUGGUACCUCACAGUUUGUGAGAGACGGUUCACUCCUCCAGAAGGAACGAGAUGUCCUCAGUUUAUGUAACAAUAGAUAUAGGUGCCAGAGACAUGUCCCUCACCCACAACAUUCUGUAACUCUCACAGGACUGCCUGCCUGGGCAGCAGUACCUGGCCAAUAAAGACCUUUACUUGUUUUGUAUGGUAUGAGGGGGUUAUGUUUGAGAGAUAUCAGUGUGUGCGCCAACAUGUGGGGAGUAUCCAUCAUGGGCAGGUUUUUUUUGUGUAUAUGUGUGUGAUGUAUGUGCGUCUGUGUGUGUGCUCUCUCUUCCCUGUGUGUUCACAUGUGGAGGCCAGAGAUUGACUUUGGAUAGCUUCCUCUAUGGCUUUUCCAACUCAUUAAAAAAAUCUAUGCUCGUCUG